GAUACCGAACACGUUCAACCGAAUGUGUCAUGGGUUUUAAAGGCAUUCGAAGGGUACCACCAUUUCGUUAUUUUGGCUCCAAAAAGUGCCUUGUGUUGUAUGUAGACUUUGAAUACCAAGUCUCGAUUGCACCAUCCGCCUAAAGUACUCACAGCACUUCAAAAAACUUUGGCACGCCUUCUAUCUGUCUUACACACACAGUUGCCACCUUUUUUCGUGUUCACAGACGAUAAUGCCUAAGAAGAAGACAGGUCAACGCAAAAAGGCUGAAAAGCAAAGAUUACGUCAAAAGGAGAUCCGAAGCCGAGAAGUUGACUUAGCAGCACAUCCUUGUAAUGCGAACAUGGAGUGUGACCAAUGUGGGCGCAAGCAAAAAAAUCGUGCAUUUUGUUAUUUCUGUUCGGCAUUGCAACGGUUACCUAUAUGCGCGAAGUGCGGAAAACAAAAAUGUAUGCAGAAAACGGGUGAUUGUCUUAUCAAGCAUGCUGGUCAAUUUACUACUGGUUUACAGAUGGUUGGAGCCAUUUGCGACUUUUGCGAAGCCUGGGUUUGUCAUGGCCGAAAUUGCCUGUCGGCACAUGCGUGUACCUGUCCACUUCAGGAAGCUGUAUGUGUCGAAUGUGACCGCGGCGUUUGGGACCAUGGAGGUCGAGUUUUUCGUUGUGGGUUCUGUACCUCAUUCUUAUGUGAAGACGAUCAAUUCGAACACCAAGCUUCCUGUCAAGUUCUUGAAUCGGAGACGACAAAAUGUCAAUCCUGUAACCGUCACGGAGACCUUUCCUGUUUACGCUGCAAGGUUUGUUUUUGCGAUGAACACGUGAAACGAAAAGGUUUCAAAUACGACCGAAAUCAGCCAGUUCCAUGCCCGAAAUGCGGUUUCGACACUCAGCCAACAAAGGACCUUUCCGUGUCGACGCGCACCCACUCUUAUGGACGUAAGACCUUGGAAAAUUAUGACAAUAACUACAAACAAGGCUACGGGGCCUACUUACCAGGGAGAACUUACGGUGGAGAAGUACAAGAAGAUGAUGAUGAGGACUGGUAUAACUUAAAUGAAAACGAAUCAGAAGAUUAUGAAGAAGAGGAAGAUGAUGAUGCAGAAAGCGAAGAUGAAUCAAAAAAAGAGACAGAGACGUAAAAGAAUAUUACUUGUGCUAAUUUACAAGUGUGAAAAUGGUUGUUACAAAAGCUCAAAACAUAGAGCCUAAUAACGAAUAAAAUUUUGUCAUAGGUUGUUUUUUCAAUAACUAUUUUUCCAUUAUAGAGACUUACUACUUAUCCUAGGUGUAAAUCACAAUUCGCAAAUUAAUUUUUGCACUGAAAGUGAUAAAAACUUGAGUCUAAUAGACACAGAGCUUUGAAAAACAAGAUUAACUCUACUAUUAUUUAUCUAAAUUAUGUAAAAGAUAAUACAUACUUUUCUGCAGCUUUUAUUGCCCCUAAAAUUAUGAUUACCGAAAGUUUUCUAUGAGGAACUAAUAUGGUCUGUGGGAUCAAAUCUAGUGAAACUCAGAACAUAAAUAAUGUUCUAAGCACAUUGCGCCAUCUGGAUAAGUCGUCAGAUACUUUCGCUGCUUCCUGAUCUUCGCAGGAGGCAGCAAAAGAAUCUGAUCACUCACUGCCUUUUCUUUAGUAGAAAAGGCAUGCAACAAUACGGCAGGCACAGGAUGGUGAAUGAUAUACUAAUCUUAAUUCAAGAAAGAGGAAAAUUAAAGACAUUGAGAUUUUUCAAACCAUUUUAGAAAGAAGCGUUUAGCGAAAUCAAAGCGAAGCAAGGAUUUGCAUAGUAUGAUGUGUAAACGGUCUAUCCAGCGGUUGCAUUGACACGUCCCUAUUUCGGCAAUCUGUGGUUCCAUCUAUCAUUGCCUGAGAGAAGCCUAACGUUUGCCAUUUUAUCCUCUGAUGCACGAUGUGCGUUGCACUAUGUUUAUGGUAACGUUUGUGCAUUUUUUGUCCAAAGAAUGCAAUUGACGCCAAUGAAACAAAUCAAAGUUAUGAAACUAUUUACAUCAGAUGUUCACCCCCUUGUAUGUGGAGAAAUCGGCUAAGCAUCGCUUUUUGCUUGCCAUUCCUAAGUUAUACGAAAUAUUGAAGCGUUCAUCGCGACAAGACUACGCGACCACUUAUUGCAUGUAUAUUGUUUGAGGUUAGGUAAACCUGUUGCAGUGUGAAACAAAUCCAAUUCAAAAUCACCUGCGUAAGUCGACGCGAGCUAUAAAUGAAAAGGCAUAAUAAAAGGUAAAAAGAUACGACUCUGAAAUCCUGUUUAUAGGCGUAGGAUUAUUUUGUAGCAGAUGUACCUAUAAACAAUUGCGAAAUGCGAAGUUUCAGUUUACGCUAACCAAACAAAAAGAAAUGUUUUAAUCUGCGGUUUUGGGCCUAUAGCCUUUACUUGCCUAUCUGUAAAAAUCUAAGCUAAAUUAGCUUAAGCUUUUUAAAUUUACCAGUUUCAAUGGUGUUAUAGUAAUGAAAGCCACUAUCUCUAUCUCGUUUUCGUAACAACCUGUAAACUCUCUAAUCGUAUAGACCUAUCGGAAGAUAGGCUGGUUCUAGUCAACCUUGUUCAUAUGAUUAUUUCGAUAUAUAAUAGUUCCCGAAUAAUGAAAAAGCUCCAAGGUUCUUAGGCUUUUCCUCUGGACUUGCCAGCAAUCAUAUAUUUGGUUGAUGUUAUCAAAAACAAGCAAUUUUUUAAAUCAUAGAAAGUUCUAAAAAUUUGGCGAUGUCAUUUCCAGUGUAGAGCAAUAUGGAUAUUUUUUAAUCUCUUACGUUUCUCUCAGGCAUGCGUGGGUUCUUUCUUUUAA